GACCGAAAUGAAAUCAGCGAGCACUGCCUUGAGCAGUGUUCAUCUCAAUGGUGCGGACUAUUUACCAGCUGUUGCUAGGCCCUGGGAUCCUUUUUCGAUCAUUAUUGCCCGAAGCUUGGUCAGCGUUAGGAUGACAGGCAUUUGCAAGAACUGCCUGGAGAAAACGAGCGGCCACACUUUCCGCUGCUGCUGUGGUCAUGAGCUGACGAUCGAUGGCACACUUUGGAUGAUCGGAGCAUACAACUCCGUGCUGAACGCGUUGGAUUUCAUCACCGGCGCAAAGCCUGCCGGCGCGGAGGGCUACACUGCCAUGCCCUCACAGAGCCAAGAGCAUUAUGUGCCCAACCCGCUACUGGAGCCUCCCUCGACCUCAAAAGCUGUAUUGCCACAGCACCGGACGCUUUGUCCGGCUACUACAAAGGAGAUGUUUCCUCCCAUUGCACCUCUGCCGGCACCGCACCUCUUGGGCCAUCGGCGUUGUGCCUCUCUGGUCGGUGACGUCUUCAAGACGUAUCUGCCGGGAGAAAUGUCCUGCAGCCCAACGGCCCGAUGA